AUGUCACUGUCUAGAUCUACAUCUCAUGGCAGUAGUUCUUGCAGUUCGGUCAUCAAAGCGCUUCGAUGGCUAUUGAAAUCAGCAGAGGUGGGUUGUUUACAGGUGGUGCAUUCAGUUCUUAUUGGAACCUUUCUGAACCAGAAGGUGCCCAGGGACAGGAAACAAGCCCCUCCUCUGCCUCUGUGGGCAUUGGUGCAGUGGGAGCGUCGUGUGCUCAUGUCCAACUGCACGGUAUUGGAAACUAUUUUACUGGGUACAUUUUUAUUGAUGGCCUGGGGAUCCCUUCGUUUCUCCGACGCGCAAAGGUUAGACCUCCAAAAGAUCAUCUAUCACGAUGGUACCAUGAGAGGGGUGAUAUGGCGCUCAAAGACAGCAGUCAGCGGCAUGCCCCUAGCAGUGGCGGCGGAGGGUUUCCUCAGCAAAGGCUCCCACAACUGGUUGUGGAAGUUUUUGACCGUUUUGGAUACGGUAUUGGCCAAAUCAGGCCUCUCUGAUGUUGAUUUUCUUCUUCCACUGAUGGACGAGGAUGGACCAAUUUAUCCAUUGCAACCGAUGGAUUAUGCCACAGCGUUAUUUUACUUACGGAAAUUUUUGGGUUGCCCAUGGAGUCAAAGACCAGAUCCCUUGCAGCAUUUGAAAUUAAACUUCACUUUGCACUCCCUCAAAGCGACGUUAUUGUCGUGGGGACCGCAGCUGCAUGAAAAGGUCACCCCGGAACAGCGUUUGUCUCAGGGACACCAUUCGGAUCCCAAUAGCAGUUUGGACACAUACUCACGUGACGUGGUGUGGACGUCCUUGACGUAUCAGCGCAAGAUGAUACAAGAGGUUCAGAGUGGAUGGCGUCCAGCCAUUGCCCAACAUCGGGGUAGAAUGGUCGUCUUCUACUCCUUUGUCGGCAUUCCAAAAGGCGUGCCUCCGUACGGCAUUUCAGCGAUGAAACAAAAAUUCAUGGCCAACUAUCCAUCGGAGUUGAUCCAUGCAGACCUUUUUCCAUCGACCAGAUUAGUGAGCUUGGUUCAUGACCAGCUCUCCAAGAAGGUUUGGAAAUGGGUGCCAUGGAAGUAUCGCAUCUCUCUCACCAGGUCAGAGGAGAUUUCUAGCAAUCGAGCUCAGAAGAUGCCAAAAAUUGAUCACCUGGGGUUACACUCCUUAUUAUUUGAUGAUCCUCCCUCCAUCGACGUGUCCAACAACGCCAUGGGGGUGAACUCGAUUCGCAAUAUGCUCGAGGUUCAUGAUCGGGCCAUUGCCUUGUGCCAAGGCGCUCACCUCGCCAAUCUCAAGGCCUAUACCCACAAAUUCAUCGGGUUUUUGACCGCCAAGUAUGAUGGAGAUUUACGUAACCCCAGUGUAUUGGAGGCUCAACAUGCAGACCAAAAAAUUUGGACGGUCAUUGCCGAGCUCAUGGAACGAGGUAAAGGCCAAGGGAAGUCAAAGGGCAAGCAGAAUUCCGGGAAAUCCAAGGGCAAGGUCCAAUGGCUCACGGAGAUUCAACGGGAUGGUGGUUUCAAGCAACUCUGCAUGCGAUAUCAGGUGGGCAAGUGUCAGACUCCCAACUGUUUCACCAUGCAUGAUCCAUUCAAUGAGAUUGACUCCGUGGAGACUCUCCCAGUGCAUGAAGCGGACCCAGUUCAAGACUUUGCUCCACCUAGUGAUAGUUUUACCCGGGGCCGUUUGUCCCAACCCGAGCAGGCGAAUGCGGUUGGUUAUGGAGCGGCCAGCCCUUCCUGCUGUGAAUAUAGCAGACUCAAACUUCGAGAUGAUGAUGGUCCCAAGGCUCUACGAUCACCAGAGCACUUGUCCGGUCUGCCCAAUCUCACACCCUGGGAACUGCAACGUGUACAAGAGAGCUUUAUGAUGCUCUCUCGCUGUGUCGAGGUCCUCACCCUGGUUUUUCAAGCAGGUCUCCGAGACGAUUCUGGUGCUUUUGCCAGUCGGGCGACGGCACAAUACCCACAGAAACUGGCACAAUUAUUUGCCAACCUCGUGGCCCCAUUACUGGACACAUCAGCGUUGGACCUACAAUGGUCAUCUUUGGAUGCCCUCAUGCCAACCAAGCACCUGUCAGAGUAUCCAUUUGCGCAAGUCGAUGGGGGUGGAGCUUUUUCCCACCCGGACUGGAGUCAGGAUAAUCGUCAAGAACACGACUGGUUCAAGAUGCUCCGCACUUCGUGGAUGAACAGGAUCAUCUCUGAGCGAUUGGAUAAGAUCCUACUUGCGCAUGUGGCGUCGGGCAACCCUUCACCUCCUUUUUCGAUGGAAACUCUGACUCCAUUCAAGGAUGAUCUGGAGAAAUUCUUGGAGGCACAUGGACAUACACCAGAUUGGUCAGUUCGACAACAUCAACCAAUACAUCUUCAUAUUUUACAUUCUUUACAAAGGAUUAUGCAUGACGUCGAUUUUACAUUAUUACCCAGUUUAUUGGAAGGUGUUCGAACUGGUUUUUCCGAGGCAAUUCCUCCGUCGGGUAUUUUUCCACCCAAAGACCGUACGGAUAUAGAACCCGAUCCAUUGUCAGCUCACCUCUCCAACUGGCAGAGUGCUGAAGAAGAUCUACCAUUAACCCGAGAACUGGUUCAGGAAGAAAUUGAUAAGGGAUGGGUUUUUUCAUAUCAAGGUUCUUUGGAAGAAGCACAACAAGAAUAUCCGGCCGGAGUUGCUAUUGGAAAAUUGGGAGUGGCUCGCUCCGAUAGUCGAGCCCCCCGAUUAGUUGUAGACUCCAGCGUAUGCGGCCUCAACGGUCGGUGUAUCAUACCGGAGAGGUCCACCCUCCCGACUGCCAAGGAGGUGUUACGUAGCUACCCUCUACGUCAGUGUCAGAGGAAUCUAAUGGGCUUUUCUUUAGACGUUAAGGCUGCUCAUAAAAGAAUAGUUCUACAUCCGGACGAAUGCGGAUUGGUAGGCUUUUCGUUAGAAGGACAGCUCUUCUUCUAUAGAGUUACCCCAUUUGGUGCAGUUUUCUCUGCCUUUUGGUGGGCGAGAUUGGGUGAACUCCUUCUCCGUAUAUUUCACCACUUGAUCUGGUUGAGUCACGCGGGAUUUCUAUAUGUGGAUGACUUCUUAUUCUUUAUGGAAGCCAACAUGAUGCCGCUGUCAGCCACAUUGUUGUGUAUUUUUUGCCAGCUUUUGGAAAUUCCUAUCAGCUGGAAGAAGACGGCCAUGCACUCUUCCAUUGACUAUAUUGGCUGGAAAUUCAAUUUCAAUGCAGGUAUCGUGACAAUCCCCAUUGAAAAGAUCCUCAAACUCCGAGGAUACAUCGAACAUCUUAUUUCCCAGCCACGAACUACUCGCAAGUCUUUGGAGAAACUUAUUGGCCUGGCAAUGUGGAUUACUCAAUUAUUUCCCCUCAUGCGGAUCUGGAUCCACUAUUGGUACCACGACCUCUACACCAUCCCGGCGACACAUUUCAGUAUUGAUGCUGGUACAUGGCCUCGCAUUCAUCAAUAUUUAACACCUAAUUUGACUUUUCAUACAGCACCUUUAGGCUCCGCUAUACCUAUUUCAGGCAAGCUCAUUGCAGUUCGACAUCAAGCGGUAUCCUCAUUGGCGGAUCUGACAUCGUUACAUAUCAAAACUGAUAACAGGAUUUGGCUAAGGAUUAUCAAUCCGAAUUCCUCCAAACGCAAGCUUCGUCCUGAUUCUCUUCGCAUUUUGAAGUUAUUUGAACAUUGGCUGAUGGGUGUCUCUCCAUCUCGACCAAUGAGAGCGAAGCCAUACUGGAAUGGCGUUGCGGCAGCCGAUGCAUGUGCAUCGGGUUCCUAUUGCCAAAUUGGAGGUUUCAUCCGUCAUCCUUCAGGAGUUCAAUUUUGGUUUUCUGAGAAAUUUUCCCAUGCUGAUUUUGACAUUUUGUCAAUUCAUUUAGACCCAAAUAUGCAACGAAGCAUUGCUUCAUUUGAAACUUUAGCUCAAAUUGCGUUAGUUUGGCUGGUGGCCACAUCUUUUCCUGGUUUUCGUAUUCCCAUUUGCGUGAAAUCUUUGAGCGACAAUACGGGAGCAGAGAGCGUGAGCAACAAAUUAUUCACUACGACUCAUCCUCUAUGUCUCUUUGUCGAGAUCCUCACGUGCCUGGCUUCGACAACGGGUAUUGAAUUGGAUGUGAGCCAUAUUCCUGGCGCGGACAAUGUCAUAGCGGAUGAUCUGAGCCGAUGGGACUUUUCCACUCCCAUCCCACAUGAUUUUCAACCAAGUGAAAGGAUUCAUCUUUCACUCAAUCAACUAUUUCGUUGUUCACCUCACCCAACAUUGCAUCCUCCUGAUUCAAAACUCCUUUGGAAACUCCCACAUCCUCUUGCGAUGUGA